AUGCUUAUUAUAUGGAUGGAAAUCUUCUUUGCAAAGUUUAUAAUGAAAGUUCAUCAUAUCGUCGAUGUUUAUAUUCAAUAUUUGGUCGCAAUAAUUACAUGUGCUCUGGAAAAUGAUAAUAAUUGUUAUCCAUCAUCAUUUAAUCAACAGAUUCUUAAUAAAUGUAAUUAUUCGUUUGUUGAGAAAUUUUCAACGAAGUGCAGAGAAUUUUUACGUUCUUUAAUAUGUUUGGAACGAUAUGAAAUGGAAUUAAUUCCAUCAACAUAUGGAUCAGUGUGUUCACGAAAUAAAGCUUAUUAUUAUUAUUAUGGAGAUGUUGCUGCUCGUCUUCAAUUAGCCAUUAAUAUUUGCGAAAUUAAUUUUACAUUUUAA